CAUCCCCUUCGAGAUCUCCCUCUGGAUCCUCCUGGCCUGCCUCAUGAAGCUGGGCUUCCACGUGAUCCCCUCGGUGUCCAGCAUCGUUCCCGAGAGCUGCCUGCUCAUCGUGGUGGGCCUUCUGGUCGGGGGGCUCAUCAAGGGGGUGGGUGAGAAGCCCCCCAUCCUCAAGUCGGACAUCUUCUUCCUGUUCCUGCUGCCCCCCAUCAUCCUGGACGCCGGCUACUUCCUGCCCCUGCGCCCCUUCACCGAGAACCUGGGCACCAUCCUCAUCUUCGCCGUGGUGGGCACGCUCUGGAACGCCUUUUUCCUGGGGGGGCUGAUGUACGCCGUGUGCCAGCUGGGCGGGCCGGGCCUCAACCACAUCGGCCUGCUGGCCAACCUGGUCCUCUACCACCUGUUUGAGGAGUUUGCCAGCUUCGAGCAGGUGACCAUCCUGGACAUCAUCCUCGGCUUCCUCAGCUUCUUCGUGGUGUCGCUGGGCGGGGUCCUGGUGGGCGUCAUCUACGGCGUGAUCGCCGCCUUCACGUCACGCUUCACCUCGCACAUCCGCGUCAUCGAGCCGCUCUUCGUGUUCCUCUACAGCUACAUGGCCUACCUGUCUGCCGAGCUCUUCCACCUGUCCGGCAUCAUGGCGCUCAUCGCUGCUGGUGUGGUCAUGAGGCCCUAUGUGGAAGCCAACAUCUCCCACAAGUCCCACACCACCAUCAAGUAUUUCCUCAAGAUGUGGAGCAGUGUGAGCGAGACCCUCAUCUUCAUCUUCCUGGGUGUCUCCACCGUGGCUGGUCACCACUACUGGAACUGGACCUUCGUCAUCAGCACGCUCUUCUUCUGCCUCAUCGCCAGGGUGUUGGGUGUCCUCGUGCUCACCUGGUUCAUCAACAAGUUCCGGAUCGUGAAGCUGACGCCGAAGGACCAGUUCAUCAUCGCCUACGGGGGCCUGCGGGGCGCCAUCGCCUUCUCGCUGGGCUACCUGCUGGACUACAAGCACUUCGGCAUGAGGGACAUGUUCCUCACGGCCAUCAUCACCGUCAUCUUCUUCACCGUCUUCGUGCAGGGCAUGACCAUCCGGCCCCUGGUGGAUCUGCUGGCUGUGAAGAAGAAGCAGGAGACGAAGCGCUCCAUCAACGAGGAGAUCCACACGCAGUUCUUGGAUCACCUUCUGACGGGGAUCGAGGAUAUCUGUGGUCACUAUGGGCAUCACCACUGGAAGGACAAGCUGAACCGCUUCAACAAGAAGUACGUGAAGAAGUGCCUGAUCGCGGGGGAGCGCUCCAAGGAGCCCCAGCUCAUCGCCUUCUACCACAAGAUGGAGAUGAAGCAGGCCAUCGAGCUGGUGGAGAGCGGGGGCAUCGGCAAGAUCCCCUCUGCCGUCUCCACCGUCUCCAUCCAGAACAUCAACCCCCAGACCCUCCCUCUGGAGCGCGUCCUGCCAGCCCUGUCCAAGGACAAGGAGGAGGAGAUCCGGAAAAUCCUGCGCACGAACCUGCAGAAAACCAGGCAGAGGCUGCGCUCCUACAACCGGCACACGCUGGUGGCUGACCCCUACGAGGAGGCCUGGAACCAGAUGCUCCUGAGGAGGCAGAAGGCCCGGCAGCUGGAGCAGAAGAUGAACAACUACCUGACGGUGCCGGCGCACAAGGUGGACUCGCCCACCAUGUCCCGGGCUCGCAUCGGCUCAG